AUGAAGGCUUUCCUUGUCCUCCUGCUGGGAGCAGUCCUGUGCUUGGAUUCAGGUUCUUCUUUGCAGUGUUACAGCUGCACGUCACAGCUCAGCAACUCCAACUGUCAGAAGAAAGAGGACUGCAAGGAUGCGGAAACAUGCAAGACAGAUGUGAUCAGGCUCGUAGGGCUCUUCAACAUCAUCAGCAAGGGCUGUGACUCAUCAUGCAACCCACUCUAUCAGGACUUCAGCGUGGGCAACAGGAAUAUCUCCUGCUGCAGCAGCGACCUCUGCAAUGUCAAUGCAGCGGGCAGUGUGAGGUACAGCUAUGGGAUGGCAGCAGGGAUAGCAGCCAGCGUGCUCUGGCCUUUCCUGAACAACAGACUGUGAGGAGCAAAGGCGAGUCCCAUAACCACAGAAAUUCUUGGAGCACCCCUCUUAUGACAGGAAUUGUAACCAGGAGCAAGAUGGUGUGUUGGGCACUCAGCAUCCUUGGAGCUGAUGGCAGAUCUUUGCCGUAUGAUAGCUUCUUCGUUACU